GCGCUAGCGCAGCGGCCGAUUCGACGGUUCCGCACUACCCGCUAACUAUUCGCAAUCGACCGACGUCUUGGUUGUUGGACUGGGAUAUAAUGACUUGACUUCUGCUAAAUGAACCCGUGGACUAGUUUAAGUUUAUCGCAGUGGCGUAUUUAUUUAAUAUUGAGCGAGCGCCGAAGCGAACGCUUUUAUAAGGACCGUUAGCGUCGAGUGAGAGUUUUUUCGUGCAUUGUGGCUGCGGUGGCGUAAUGGAGAAGCAGUCGAGGUGGUCGGAGCAGCGCUCCGAGCAGCGAGUGACCUCCGAGCGGCGCGAGCAAGUCGUGCAGCAGCAGGAGCGCGUGCAGCGCACGCAGCACUACACCCACCAGAUGCUCACGCAGCAAGUGGGCGGCAAUGUUGGCGGCCAUAUACCCAUCACAUCAGGCAGGCCUGGGGAUCCGUCUCCGCCUAUCUUUGAACAAAUAUUUAAGAAUGCGAGAUUUGCACAGGGCGGUAAUGCCAAGUUUGAAGGGAAACUUAGAGGUAAUCCUACUCCAGUUGUAUCGUGGACCAGAAAGAAAGCACCUUUAGUAGAAUGUAACAAGUAUAGUAUGAGUUAUAAUGAACAAACUGGUGAUGUUUCUCUUUUAAUUAAGCAAAUCGGCCCAGGUGAUGAAGGAGAAUAUACUUGCACAGCUCGCAAUCAAUAUGGAGAAGCUAUUUGUUCUGUAUAUAUUCAACCCGAGGGUGUUCCUGUACCCGCGCAGCAAGCAUCGCAACAGCAAAGCUACAGACACGUCAGUGAGAGUGUGGAACACAAAUCGUAUGGAACCCAUGAUUUUACGACCGAACAAUCACGACAGUCGCAGAAAUACGCUUACUCGAAUGGUACAGAUUAUUCAUCUACAGAAGACUUCAAAGUUGAUACAUUUGAAUACAGACUAUUAAGAGAAGUAUCAUUUCGAGAAACCAUUACAAAGAGAUAUGUAGGAGAGAGUGAUAUACAAGUCAGUACAGAAAUCGACAAAUCAUUAGGACCUGUGUCACCGCCUAAAAUUUCUCAGAAACCAAGAAAUUCUAAGCUUCAAGAAGGAACCGAUGCUCAGUUCCAAGUUCAGCUAUCUGGCAAUCCUAGACCACGUGUAACGUGGUUUAAGAAUGGUCAAAGAUUGGUUAAUUCCACCAAGCAUAAUAUAAUAAACACCAAUAAUCAAACUAUACUUAGAAUACGAAAUGUGCAAAAGUCCGAUUGUGGUCAUUACACUCUCCUGGCUGAAAAUCCAAAUGGAUGUAUAGUUUCAUCUGCGUAUCUUGCUGUUGAAUCACCUCAAGAAACAUACGUUCAAGAUCAGAAAUCUCAGUAUAUAACGGAUUCCCAACAAAUUGAGACUGAAAGAAUAGAAAUAAGUGAAAAAGCUCUCGCUCCGCAAUUUGUUAAAGUCUGCCAAGACCGCGAUGUCACAGAAGGCAAAAUGACGCGAUUCGAUUGCCGCGUCACAGGCAGACCUUAUCCAGAAGUCACGUGGUUCAUUAAUGAUAAACAAAUCCGAGAUGAUUAUAAUCAUAAAAUUCUAGUUAACGAAUCUGGUAAUCAUGCCCUUAUGAUUACCAAUGUCAACCUGAGUGAUUGUGGUGUAGUAACGUGUAUUGCAAGAAAUAAAAGUGGCGAAACUUCUUUCCAGUGUAAAUUAAAUGUUAUAGAGAAGGAGCAGGUAGUUGCACCUAUGUUCGUGGAACGGUUCACCACUUUGAGUGUACGUGAGGGUGAGCCAGUAUUAUUGAAUGCGCGUGCCGUCGGCACGCCUACACCUCGAAUCACAUGGCAGAAGGACGGUGUUCCGAUUAUACCCAAUCCAGAUUUACGAAUUAAUACCGAAGGUGGGGCCUCGACAUUGGACAUUCCGCGAGCCAAGGCGUCGGAUGCGGCGUGGUAUCAGUGCACGGCUCAGAAUGUCGCAGGUUCCACAGCUACUCGGGCGAGGCUUUAUGUCGAAGUACCAAAGGAGCCUCCGCCUGAGCAAAAACGUUUGCACUUACCACGGCCUACAAAGAUUAUCGAGCCAGAACCCGCACCAGGUCCAGAGAUCAUAUAUUUAAGGCACGUGGAAAGAGCACGACCAUAUGUUCCUCCUGGUGAGGAAGAUCGAAUUUAUCCUCCACCACAGUUUAUUGUGCCCCUGAGAAGCGUGACACAAACUGAAGGUGGAAAGAUACACUUUGAGACGAGAAUAGAACCUGUGGGCGAUCCUACUAUGAAGAUAGAAUGGUUAAGGAAUGGUCAAAGUAUAGAAGCAAGUUCCAGGUUCACAUCAAUCUUCAGAUUUGGUUACAUAUCCCUUGAUAUGCUCAGUUUGAACAUUCAAGACAGUGGUGAAUAUACUUGUAGAGCGGUAAGCGCCACAGGUACUGCAGAAACAAAGGCUAUGUUGCAAGUCACACCUAGAGCUACAAUUGAAAGGUCUAGUCAGCACCCUGAAAGUCUACAAUACAUUCAACAGCUAGAAGAUUAUUCCAAAUAUCAACAUCAAGAAUCCAUUGAGGAACAAAUUUCACAACGGCCACAAUUUAUAAGGCCACUUCAAGACCUUGGAGAACUUCAGGAAGGCCGGAAUGCUCAUUUUGAAGCCCAGCUUACCCCUGUCAGUGAUCCAACUAUGCGAGUUGAAUGGUAUAAAGAUGGUAAAUCUAUCACAGCUAGCUCGCGAAUCACAGCAAUCUUCAACUUCGGAUACGUCUCCCUUAACAUCAUGCACCUACGGGUUGAAGAUGCAGGUUCGUACACAGUUAGAGCUGUGAAUAAACUUGGUGAAGCCAUCAGUACUGCAUCGAUCAGGGUUGCAGCAAGAAGCACCGUUACAGAGGAUCUUGGAAUCCCCGAACAGAGAAGAUACAUAGAAAAAGCUGAGCAGUUGGAAGCUUAUCAGCAGAAACAACAUCAGAGAUAUUACCAAGAAGUACCUGAAAGUACCCAGCGACCAGAGUUUAAAACUCCAAUUAAAGACCAGAUAAACAUUAAAGAAGGUGGUUUCGCCCACUUUGAAGCUCGUCUCGAACCAGUUGGAGAUUCUACUUUGAGAGUGGAGUGGUUGAAGGAUGGACGCCCCGUAGAGGCAAGUUCAAGAAUAACAACAUUCUUUAAUUUUGGCUAUGUUGCUCUCACAAUCAAAUCUGUAACUGUACACGACGCUGGUAAUUAUACAUGCAGAGCUUACAAUGCUUUAGGACAAGCAACGACCAGUGCAAACUUAACAAUUGUUACUAAAAAAGAUAUUAUAGCCGAAUCACAGCACCCCGGAGGCUUGGAAAAAAUUCAAUACUUGGAAGAUUCAAGCAGAUAUGCCAAGAGAUCGGAGGAGGAAGUCAGAGUUACACAAAAGCCUAGAUUCUUAGGUCCACUAAAAGGAACAAAUAAGAUUGUUGAAGGACAAAGCGCUCACUUCGAAGCAAGAGUAGAACCACAAAGCGAUUUAACCAUGACCGUUGAGUGGUAUUUUAAUGGAAAACAAAUUAAGUCGGCUAAUCGUAUUCAGACUUACCAUGACUUUGGAUACGUUGCAUUAGAUCUAACUAAUGUGAGAGCAGAAGAUGCUGGUGUAUACACUGUAGUUGCUAGAAAUGCUGCAGGAGAAGCACAGCUAAGCGCAAAUAUGAUUGUUGAAACACGAUCCAGCAUCGACACAUCCAGCAUACAUCGUGGCUUAUACGAAAAAACACGUCAAAUGGAAGAAUCUAAAUUUGUUGAGCCAAUGUAUCACAUUGAAGAAAUCUCAAAAUCUAAGCCGGUAUUUGUACAGCCAUUGUCAGACCCUAAACCGAUAUCAGAAGGAAAGAAUAUUCAUCUGGAGUGUCGCCUCGAACCGAUGGGUGAUCCUACAAUGAGAGUUGAAUGGUAUCACAACGGAAGAGCCGUGACUGUAGGCUCACGUUUCAGAACAUACUACGAUUUUGGUUUCGUAGCUCUUGAUAUUAUCCAUGCUACCUCGGCUGAUUCCGGUGAAUAUACCGUAAGAGCAGUUAAUCAUUUGGGAUCGGCACAUACAUCUGCGAUGGUUCGAGUAAUUGAAAGAUCAGACAUUGUGACAGACACUCAGAAUGAACAAGCCGUUGAACAAAUUCAAAUACUAGAAGACGCUGCUCGUCGAAGCAAACAAGUACAGGAGGAUAUAACAGUUAUGCAAGCUCCACAGUUCUCAAGAGCUUUACAUAAUAUUGAAACUGUGGAGGGCACUAAUGUACACUUAGAAUGUCGAUUGCAACCAGUAGGAGACCCAACUAUGAAAGUAGACUGGUUCUGUAAUGGAAGGCCAAUAAAGACGGGUCAUAGAUUCAGACCCGCUUAUGAAUUUGAUUAUGUUGCACUCGAUCUUUUGAGUGUAUAUCCAGAGGACUCCGGAGUUUAUACUUGCCAAGCAACUAACCAACUUGGCGAAGCUGUUACCUCUUGCGCUCUACGCGUUAUGGCAAAGAAGGAUUUAAUUUUUGAAUCUCAACAUCCCUCCGGUUUAGAGAAGAUUCAAUAUUUAGAAGAUGCUUCCCGGUACAAAAAAUCGGAAGUUAUUGAUGAAUCUAUUCACAUUAAGCCAAGAUUUGUGACUAAACCUAAAUCAAUUGAAAAUGUCAAAGAAAGACAACAUGUACAUUUUGAAUGUAAACUCGAACCCGUUACUGAUCCAAACUUAAAAGUGGAAUGGUUUAAGAAUGGCCAACCAGUAGCAAUAGGUCACAGAUUUAGACCUAUUCAUGACUUUGGAUAUGUCGCUCUAGACAUAAUUGAUUUGAUAGCUGAGGAUUCAGGCAUUUAUACAUGCAGAGCCGUUAACCUUCUCGGUACUGACGAAGUUAGUUGCCGAUUGACUUGCCGUGAAACCGCUGAUAUUAUUCGCGGCACACAAAAUGAAGCAGGCCUUGAACAAAUUCAGGUACUCGAAGAUAGAUCGAGGUAUCAAAGAACUGAUUUUGUCGAUGAAGUGACUACCCAGGCACCAAUAUUCACAACAUCUCUGAAAAAUAUUGAAAUUAAAGAAGGUCAGAGAGCUCAUUUCGAAUGUAGACUAAUUCCCGUUUCUGAUGCUACAAUGAAAGUCGAAUGGUAUCACAAUAACAAACCCCUCAAGAGUGGCUCAAGAUUUACAGAAACUAAUAACUUUGGUUUCGUAGCGCUUGACAUUAUGUCUUGUUUGCCUGAAGAUUCAGGAACAUAUACUUGUAGAGCCAUCAAUGCUCUGGGAGAAGCUGUAACUUCGGCAACAGCGGUCGUUCAUUCAAAGAAAUCUAUUUACUUGGAGAGUCAGCAUGAGGAGGCCUUACCGAGAUUAAAUCAACUUGAGGAUGCUUCGCGACACCAAAGACCCAGUGCUCCAGAUGACGUUAUAAAUCAGGCUCCAGUAUUUACUAUGCCUAUGCGUGAUAUAAGAGUUGCGGAAAAUCAGGCAGCUCACUUUGAAGCUAGAUUAAUACCUGUUGGAGAUCCGCGAUUGAAGGUUGAAUGGCUUCGUAACGGCGUACCCGUCGCAGCAUCAAAUCGCAUUACAACUAUGCAUGAUUUUGGUUAUGUUGCUCUUAACAUGAAGUACGCAAAUCCUGAAGAUUCAGGAACAUACACUUGUCGCGCGGUAAAUGAGUUAGGCCAAGCUGUAACAUCGUCAACCUUAUUUGUACAAUCCAAAGCAUCGCUUCUACUGGAUUCCCAAAAUCAAGCCGCAUUACAAAAAAUACGUCAACUAGAAGAUACUUCUAGAUACCAACGCAAGGAAGACGUUGAAGUUGCAGUUAAUCAAGCUCCACGCUUUGUUACUCAACUGAAUGGUCCCUCUAAACUCGUGGAAGGACAAAGUGCGCAUUAUGAAUGCCGAAUUGAACCUUACCCUGAUCCAACAAUGCGUGUAGAAUGGUAUUUCAACGGAAAAGUUCUCCAAAGUGGCCAUCGUUACCGCACCGCGUUUGAUUUUGGUUUUGCGGCCCUCGACAUCUUAACCGUAUACGGAGAGGACUCGGGCGAAUACACCUGCAAAGUAAUCAAUAAUUUAGGACAAGCAACAUCGUCUAUUAACUUAAACGUUCAAUCCAAAGAAUCAAUUAUCAGAGAUACUCAACAUGAGAGUGCAUUGGAAAAGAUUCAUUAUUUGGAAGACGAUAGCAGAUACAAGAAAGUUGUACAUGAUGAAAGUUUCAUUGCUGAAAAGCCUCAAUUUGGUAAACCUAUUAAGAGUGUUGAGGCACCUGAAGGUCAGCCAAUUCAUUUAGAGGCAACAUUAACUCCUGUUAAUGAUCCUACAAUGCGUGUUGAAUGGUACUGCAAUGGCCGUCCGAUACAACAAGGACAUAGAUUCAAAACCACUUACGACUUUGGAUACGUCGCUUUAGAUGUAUUGUAUGCCUACGCUGAAGAUUCAGGCACAUACAUGUGCAAAGCUACUAAUGCAGUCGGUGAAGCUGUUACCACAAGCUCAGUCAAAGUAGACGCCAAAGCUGGACUCUACCUUGAUACUAUGGAUGAACAACGUUUAAGAAAAAUUCAAGAGCUUGAAAGGUUCGAAAGACCUAAGCCCGUCGAAGAAGAAAAGCCUGGUCAGAGGCCAGUUUUCCUUACACCAUUGACUAACCUUGAAAAUUUGAAGGAAGGUGAUCAUGCUCACUUUGAAUGCAGAGUAGAACCAAUUAAUGACCCAGACUUAAAAAUAGAAUGGUUCCUUAACGGACAGAGAAUCAAGACUGGUCACAGAUUCAGGACAACACAUGAUUUUGGCUAUGUUGCCUUGGACAUAUUAUACACAUAUGCAGAAGAUUCUGGAACUUAUAUGUGUAAGGCCACUAACAAACUUGGAGAGGCAGUUAAUACGUGCACGUUGAAGGUUGCAGGGCACAGAAAUAUUAUUUUGGACACACAUCAUCCUAAUGGCCUUGAAAAAAUAAGACAAUUGGAAUCACAAGGUCAUCCAUCAAGAAUAGAAGUUGAAGAACCAAAGGUCUUUGCGCCCAGGUUCGUUACGGAGCUUAGAGGAACAACGCAUGUGUUUGAAGGUCAAACCGCACACUUCGAAUGCCAAGUCGAACCUGUUCAUGAUCCUAACCUGCGUAUAGAAUUUUACCACAAUGGCAAAGCCCUGCAAUCUGCGUCACGAUUCCAUAUCACUUUUGAUUUUGGUUACGUGUCAUUGGAUAUUCAACACUGUGUACCGGAGGAUGCUGGUGAAUAUUCAGUGAAAGCAAUUAAUGCACUGGGUCAAUGUACUUCUUCUAUAUCCAUGACUGUAACCGCAAAAGGCAGUAUUAUUUCGGAAUCUCAACGUCCAGAAGGAUUAGAAAAGAUUCGAGAACUCGAAUCAGCUGAACCAUUUAAGCGGCCAGAGAUACCAGAUACUGUUACCAGGCAAAGGCCUGUUUUCACUCAGCCACUUCAAAAUAUCGACAAUAUUCAGGAAGGUCAAACAGCACAUUUAGAUUGUAGACUUAUUCCUGUCGGAGAUCCUACCCUUAAGGUGGAAUGGUUCAGAAAUGAGAAAUUAAUUGAAGACAGUUCUCGUAUUACUAAAACUAAUGACUUUGGUUAUGUAUCCAUGACUAUUUCUCAUGUACGUGAUGAAGACGAAGGUGUUUAUAUGUGCAGAGCAUCAAAUUUGCUUGGUGAAGCCGUGACAACAGCAGCAAUGAAAAUAAAAACGAAAGCAGCUAUUCAAUUAGAAACACAACAUCCGGAAGGAAUGAAAAAGAUACAAAAAUUGGAAGAACCUCAUGCCAAAAAGGCUGAUGAACCAGAGCGAGAAUUUGAGAAACCCAUAUUCACUCAAGUUCUUACGGGACCUUCUGAGUUAUGGGAAGGACAGCACGCUCACUAUGAAGCCCGCGUUGUCCCAGUUGGUGACCCAAGUCUACGAUUUGAAUGGUACAUUAAUGGAGUCGAACUUAAAAUGGGUUCAAGAUUCCGUACUACACAUGAUUUCGGCUUUGUUACACUAGAUAUCAAUUCAGUUGUAGCAGACGAUGCUGGUUUGUAUAUGUGCAAAGCUAUUAAUAAGGCCGGUAGCACUGUCUCGUCAACCUCAUUGAAAGUUAAAACCAAGUCGACUAUUAUUGACCAGGCAAUGAGACCCGAGUCCUGGGAAAAAAUUCAACUUAAAGAAGCUUCUAUGAAUCAAGUUCCAGACAGAUUCGUUGAUUUGGGCGUACAGCAAGCUCCCAUAUUUACUACCCAUCUUCAGAGCUACGACAAACUCGUUGAAGGACAACAUGUGUACUUGGAAGCCCAAGUUGAGCCUCGCACAGAUCCUCAUCUGAGAAUAGAGUGGUUCAAGAAUGGAGUGUCAUUAACAACCGGAUCAAGAAUUAAGAGCACUUUCGACUUUGGUUUAGUUACACUUUCAAUAAACGGCUUGAGGCAUGAUGACUCUGGUAUCUAUACAUGCAAAGCUGUUAAUCAAAUGGGAGAAGCUGUUUCAACGGCUUCGAUAAAAAUAGAAGACCGUCACUGGUUGUUGGGAGAAUCAUUACAUCCUGAAUCACUCGAUCGCAUCGGUGCUUUAGAGCAACCUAAACCAACAAAACCAGACGCACCGGAACCCGUAUAUGAGACACCUGUCUUCAUUUCACAUUUGAACAACAUUGUUUGUAAAGAAGGGGAUAACAUACACUUUGAAUGUAAUGUUGAGCCUUCUAGAGAUCCUACACUCAAAAUUGAAUGGUUCUUUAAUAACAAACCCUUACCAUCAGGUACAAGAUAUAAGAGUACUCAUGAUUUUAGUUAUGUGUCGUUGGAUAUAAUGCAUACUUAUGAAGAAGACUCUGGAAUAUACACCUGCAAGGCUACUAAUAGCAAAGGAUCCGCUACAACAUCAGGUUCAUUAAGAUGUACUGGUGAUAAGCAUAUCUAUUUAGACACUCAACACCCACAAGGUAAAGCUGGCUUAGAAGCAGUAGAACAGGCUGAAGAAGCUAGAUUAUCUAAAAACAGACGGUCAUCUGUUCCGGACGCUGAAUAUCCUAAGCCUGAAUGGGUGAUCCCAGUUGUGGCAGAAUGCCAAUUAAUUGAAGGACAACCCUUACAUUUGGAAGGACAAGUUGAACCUAAAAAUGAUCCUGACUUAAAGAUAGAAUGGUACUUUAAUGGUAAAGUUUUAGAACAUGGGUCAAGAUUUAAACUUGCAAGUGAUUUUGGCUUUGUCACUCUGGAUGUGACAGAUGUCUAUGAAAGAGAUAGCGGUAUUUAUACCUGCAAAGCAUACAAUAAGAGAGGUGAAGCAUUUACCUCUUCAACUAUUUACUGCAGUAGUAAAGAAAACCUCAUUGAACGCACACAACAUCCUAAAGGAAAAGAGGGCUUGGAAAAAAUACAAAAUCUUGAGGACUCUCUUCGCAAAGAGCCCGCGCAAAAGCCCGAUGAUGAUACCGGAAGGCCACCUGAGUUCACAACCGUAUUCCAGGACAUUGUUGACAUUAGCGAAGGUCAAAUUGCUCAUUAUGACGCCUCUCUCAUACCAACUGGAGAUCAAACAAUGGUAAUUGAAUGGUUCUACAAUGGAAAGACAAUAGAAGCUAGUCACCGUAUUCGUACUGUGUAUGCAUUUGGUAUGGUUGUUCUUGAAAUUCUUGGUACGAAGACUUCAGACUCGGGCAUAUAUUCUUGUCGCGCAACCAAUAAAUGGGGACAAGCUGAAAUUAGUGUGAAAUUGGAAUGUGUUGAUAAAAGCAAAGGCCAAAAACCGAGGUUUACGACACACAUUCAAAAUAUUGAAGGCCUCAAAGAUGGUCAAUCAGCUCACUUUGAAUGCACAGUGGUUCCUGUUGACGAUCCUGACAUGAAAAUCGAAUGGUACCACAAUGGUCAACCAAUGCGUCAUUCGAACAGAAUAAAAACAAUUUCCGACUUUGGUUUUGUAGUACUUGAUAUUGCUUAUACUCAAAACCAUGAUUCGGGUGAGUAUGUAUGUCGGGCAUACAACAAGUAUGGAGAAGAUUUCACGAAAGCAACUAUAAAUUGUUACGGAAGAGGUGGAGUUUACUCCGACAGCCUCCAACCUGAUUCAUUGGCCAAAAUAAGAGAACUAGAGAGCUUGCAAGGUCUUCAACAUCAAGCUCCAGCUCCAGCAUCAGCAGUUCCACCACAAUUUAUCACACAAAUUCAGGACGUGACAAAAUUAGUAGAAGGUCAGAGUGCGCAUUUCGAAGCAAGAUUAGUACCAGUGGAUGACCCAGACCUUAAGGUUGAAUGGUUCUAUAAUGGAAAGAAACUACCGCAUGGCCACAGAUACAGGACGUUCCACGAUUUCGGAAUCGUUAUCCUUGAUAUACUCUAUUGCUACGAAGAAAAUUCUGGUGAAUAUGAAUGUGUUGCUACAAACAAACUGGGAAGAGAUUCUACGAAAGCAACGCUUAAGUGCACAUCAAAGGAAAAUUUGAUUCUGGACUCGCAACUGCCGCGGGGCAUGGAAGGGGGACUGGAAAAAUUGCAAACGCUUGAAGAUUCGAUGGUACGAAGGAAGGAUGUCGAGGUUACAGAAACACGUGGCAAGGCACCUGUAUUUACAGUGCCUUUGUCAAAUAUUGAAAAUCUGAGAGAAGGUGAAAAUGCUCACUUUGAAGCUCGUCUUACACCAACUGAUGAUCCCAACCUUAAAGUGGAAUGGUAUUGGAACGGCAAGUCAUUGAAGGCUGGAUCUAGGUUCCGUACGUUCUGCGACUUUGGCUUCGUAAUUCUUGAAAUAUCGCCGACUUAUCCAGAAGACUCUGGUGAAUAUAUGUGCAGAGCAUAUAACAACUAUGGUGAAGCCGUUACUACAGCUACUAUGAAAGUACAAGGCAAGAGGAACAUUAUCUUGGAGUCUCAAUUACCCAAAGGUAUGGAAGGUACCAUUGAUAAAAUUGCUGCACUGGAAGGAUAUACUGGUACAGUAGAUGCCUUAUCACCAGAAGUAGAAAGUGGAAACCCACCUGAAUUCGUUACGACGCCAUCUGAUCUUAUUCUGUCAGAAAAUUCUUCAGCCCACUUUGAAUGCCGUUUGAUUCCAGUAAACGACUCUAGUAUGAGAGUAGAGUGGUUCCACAAUGGAAAAGCUCUUCUUACUGGAUCCAGAGUUAAGACUAUAAAUGACUUUGGCUUCGUUAUAUUAGAAAUAGGAGGUGUUUAUCAACGCGAUGCUGGUCUUUAUACCUGUAAAGCAACAAAUCGUCAUGGUGAAGCUACUGUAUCAUGUAAGCUUCAAGUUAAAGGCAGACAAGGCAUUAUCUUAGAGCCUCAACUACCAUCACAAUUCAAGUCCGGUACCGAAAGCAUUCAAAAACUGGAAGAAACUUUGCAUAAGCGUGAAGAGAUAACAAUCGAAGACGAAAAACCCAAUCCUCCAAGAUUUACUGUUGAAAUAAAGGAUAAUCUUGAUGUGGUUGAAGGUGGACCUAUCCACUUUGAUUGCCGCGUAGAACCUGUUGGUGAUCCAACAAUGAGGAUAGAUUGGUUCCAUAACGGAAGGCCAUUUGCAACAGGAUCUCGUGUACAUAUGUUGAAUGACUUUGGCUUUAUUGCUCUCGACAUUGAUUACAUAUAUGCUAGAGAUGCAGGAGAAUACACAUGUCGGGCAACUAAUAAAUGGGGUUCAGCUACAACAACGGCUAAAAUUACUUGCAGCACUAAACGUGAUAUCAUUUUUGAAUCACAAUUACCCCAAGGAAUGAGUGGUGAGAAAAUCAAGGAGCUCGAAAGGGGUCGUGUAAGUGACGCUCCUAAAGAAGAUGCCGUCAUAAGCAGUCCUCCUAAAUUCAUCACUCAAAUUCAGUCGCACACAAUUGAAGAAUCUGAAUCAGUUCGUUUCGAAUGCCGUGUAGAGCCAAAAGAGGAUCCCAAACUGCGCAUAGAAUGGUACAGAAAUGGAAAACUGUUGCCAUCUGGUCACCGUUUCCGUACAGUUUACGACAUGGGCUUUGUUUCUUUAGACAUAUUAUAUGUUUAUUCUGAAGAUUCCGGUGAAUACGUUUGCCGCGCCGUGAAUGACUUUGGAGAAGAUUUCACGAAGGCUACUGUUUCUUGCAAACGUUUACCCGAUAUCAUACUACAAAAUCAAGUGCCAAGAGGAAUGAAGAAAUCAGAGGCAUUGACACAGAUGGAAGCUACUAUCAAGAAAUAUACAUCAGAAGUAUUCUUAACUGAAGAUGAUCUGUAUGAUGCAGACAAAAAGCAACCACCACGUUUUGUCACGCAAAUACAAAGCCAAACAAAUUUGGUUGAAAUGGAAUGUACCAAAUUUGAGUGCCAGCUAGCUCCUGUUGGUGAUCCUAACAUGAAAGUGGAGUGGUUUUUCAAUGGCAAACCUUUGUUACACAAAAACCGUUUCACACCCAUCUACGACUUUGGAUAUGUUGCAAUGAACUUCGGCUGGGUAUACCCAGAGGACAGUGGUGAAUAUCUUUGCCGUGCAACAAAUCUUUACGGUAUGGACGAAACAAAGGCAAUUAUAAAGACUACAGGAAAACCGGGUAUCGUCUAUGAUUCCCAAUUGCCCAAACAUAUGAAGAGUAUCGAAAAGAUCAGGGAAAUGGAAGCAGCAUGGCAGGCGGUGCCUGAUCGACCUGGAGAAGAAGUCAAGGAACGUGUUCCACCUGUAUUUGUCAGUCGCCCUGAACCAGUGACAGUGGAAGAAGGAGAGUGGGCAAGAUUCUGCUGUCGCGUUACUGGUCAUCCAAAACCACGUGUCAUGUGGCUUAUUAAUGGAAAUACUAUUGUCAACGGUUCUAGGUACAAACUCACAUACGAUGGAAUGUACCAUUUCGACAUACCUAAAACAAGACAGUAUGAUACUGGCAAAAUUGAAGUAAUCGCUAGAAGUUCAGUAGGCGAGGCUUUAGCAACGACCGAAUUGAAAGUUAUUCCGAGACACGACGAUUAUAGAAGUGUACUGAAGAACGCGCCAAGACCUUGGUAUGAUGAAACAACGCAGUUCCAACGUUCUGAAACAGAAUUGGAAAAAACAUUUGAGGAAAGGCAAACAUUACAACGCAAAGGUGUGAUUGAUCAUAGACCGGAGCUGAAGCCUAAGGUUAUCAAAGAACCAGAAACUGAAUGGCAGCAAACUGUUAAGAAGAAGAAGAGCGAAGAAUAUUACAACAAACUUCAAGAGUUGGAAAAUGAACAAAUUGUCAAAGAAAGUCGUAUGAGGGAAUCUUCUCAUCAAUACGCUGUACCUGGAGAAAAAGUAACCAGCUCCUCACUUGCUAGAAGCAUGGCACAGAAGUAUGAAGAUAAUUUGGAAACUACAGAAGAAGUAACGGAAACCAAGCAAACCCAGAAGAAAGUACAAAAGCCCCGAAUUCCCGAUCCACUGGAAUCAACAGUUCAUGGAAAGGAAGUACAUGUUGCAAAACAAAAACAGAUUCAAAAGGAAGUGGUGGGUGAUACUGAAAUAACUCGCAAGAUCACUUCAACAGAAACUACGGAAGUAGAACAUAAAGCGCAAACACAGGAAAGGGUAGUUGAGGGACCAGUCAAGCCCUCCACGCCGCCUGUAUUUACAAAGAAAAUGCAACCAUGCCGUGCCUUUGAACAUGAACAAGCAAGAUUCGAAGUUGAGUUUGACGGUGAUCCAUUGCCAACAAUCAAAUGGUAUAGAGAAAACUUCCCGAUUAAGAACUCGCCUGACUUCCAGAUUCACACUUUCAGCACUAAGUCUAUUCUCAUAAUAAGACAAGUAUUUGUUGAGGACUCUGCUGUGUUCGCUGCUGUGGCUGAGAACAGGGGUGGUACUGCAAAAUGUAGUGCUAACUUGGUUGUAGAGGAGCGCAGACGUCAGGGCAGGGGAGGAGUUAUACCACCCAGCUUCACCUUGACAGCGCAAAAUGUUAAUGUUACUGCUGGACAGCUUGUAAGAUUUGACACUAAAGUUACAGGAACGAAACCUGUUGAUGUAUACUGGCUUAAAAAUGGAAAGAAAGUACAACCUGAUAUAAGAAAUAAGAUUCUCGAAGAAGACGGUACAAACACACUUCUUAUUCUGGAAGCAUACCCGCAGGACUCUGGAAAAUAUGAAUGUGUUGCUAUUAAUAGCGCUGGUGAAGCAAGAUGCGACGCAGAAUGUGUCGUUAAUGCCCCUGCAACCAAAGAGAAACCGAAGCCCCAAACAAAAGCAGCAAAUGCGCCACCAGAAAUUAUUGAACCACUCAAAGACCGAGUAGUAACAGAAGGUCAGGCCAUUGAAUUUAGUUGUAAAAUUGUGGGCAAGCCGACGCCAACCGUCCAAUGGUAUAAAGGAGAUAAGUUGAUAAAGCCUUCAAAAUACUUCCAAAUGUCGCGGGCGGCUGAUGACUACACUCUACGCAUAUCGGAAGCUUUCCCAGAAGAUGAGGGAGAUUAUAAAUGUGUUGCAUACAACUCAGCUGGCCGAGUAACCGUAGCUGCUAAGCUGAAAGUAACACAGCCCGAUCAGGCUGAUAAUUUGCCCACUCUGACACCACUACGAGAUGUCGUUGUUUACGAAGGCCAACCGGCACAGUUCAAGACUCUCAUAACCAGCAAAGUGAAACCUACCAUUCAAUGGCUCCGAGAAGGCGCUCUGAUUCCGGAAACUCCCGACUUCCAAAUGAUCCACGAAGGUAACAACGCGGUGUUGUUGAUUGGCAACACCUACGAAGAAGAUACUGGUAUUUUCACCUGCCGUGCUACCACGGUCGCUGGCCAAGUGGAGACCUCUGCUAAACUAGUCGUCAAAAAAUCUCUUAAAGUCUCCAAGAAAACUACAUAUCAAGGUAUUACAGAUAAAAAGGAUGAAACUGCAAGUGUGGCUGAAAUUUCAAAUCGUAUAAUUCAAUCAAGCACUGAAGAAUCAAGUAUUUUAAGGGUUGAUAAUGUUCAAGACAUUCAAGCAAAACAGAUAGCAAGAGUACCAUGGCGAACAAGUGUAAAUGAAAGACAUGUAAAGGAUGAGGAAGUUCUUGAAACAAAGCACUGGAGAAAGAGCAAAGAUUCCAAUAUAUCUUAUGAUACAUUGAGGUCAACAGAGGAUUCAAACAUCCUUCAUAUAGAUCAAACUGAAACAUGGAACAAAAGUGAAACUAGGGUAGACGAUAAACAUUGGCGUAAACGAAGAGAUGAUAAACAUAAGGAAGUUCAAAGGGUCUAUGAGACAGAAGACAGUACUAUUAUAAAUUUAGCCCAAUCAGAAGAUUCUUUAUCUGUAAAGAAAGAUAUCAAUGUUAUCAAAGAUCAGUCCGAUGUCAGUCCUCGUACUAUUAAAGAAAGCGUACCUUGGACACAGGAGGCAAUAAAAUUAAGACCAACAAAGACAGAUAAAUCUCCAAAACCGAAAGAACAAUUAGAAAAAGUCCACUUAAAAUCAUUACAAAAGAAAUUAUUUGAUAAUGUAGAGACAGUAGUAAUUGAUGAAAGUGUUACCUCAGAAGAAAAUACUAUAAUUUUAAAAGUUGUCGAAGAAGGAGAAACAAUACAGAACAACAUUAAUGAUGAAAGUAAAGUAAAAUACGACAAGUCACAAGACGAAGAAAAACAUCAGCAAGUUGAGUUAAAAUCAGUAAGGCGUGAAAAAGAAAAACAUGAUGAAAAAAAUCAAACAAAAGAAGUAUCGUGGCGUACCGGUAAACGCAAGCCAAAGGAAAAAGAACCGACAGAAGAGGUUAGUCUUAAACCAGUAUCUAGAAAGGACAUUCCAAACGAAGAAAAACCCGAAGAAGUUAUUCUUAAACCGGUUCAUAAAGAUAAAGUAAAGCCUAUCGAAGAAGACAAACCGAAUGAAGUCACCUGGCGUACCGGCAAAAGAAAGCCCAAAGAAGAACAACCUUUGGAGGACAUUAGUCUUAAGCCGAUUCCUAAAAAGGAAAAACCUGAAGAAGAAAAACCAGAAGAUUCAAAAUUGAAGCCUGUCAAGAAAGAAAAAACAACUGAUGACACUUUAUCCGAAGAUAUUAAAUGGCCGACGGGUAAACGAAAGCCUAAGGAGGAACAACCUGAAGAGGAGGUUAAACUCAAACCAAUACCUAAGAAAGAGAAGCCAGAGGAAGAGAAAACUAAAGAUGCACAGGUGCCUAAAGUGAAAGAAAAGCCUUUAGAUGAAAGUGUGCCAGAAGAAGUAACAUGGCCCAAAGGUAAAAGGCCUAAAGAAGAAAAGCCACUACAGGAGGUUGUGCUAAAACCAGUGCCCAGGGAGAAGAAGUCUCAAGAUAAAGUGGAACCUGAAAAGGUGGAUCUAAAACCAGUACGACUUGAAAAAGAAAAACCAGUUGAAGAAACUCAGCCAGAAGAAGUAACGUGGCGUACUGGCAAACGUAAGCCAAGGGAAGAGCAACCAGCAGAAGAGGUAAUUCUUAAACCUAUACCAAGAAAAGAGAGACCGGAAGAAGAAAAAUCGGAGGAAGUUCACCUUAAACCAGUUCGAAAAGAUAUAAAGCCCGUUGAAGAGGACAAGCCAGAAGUAUCGUGGCGUACUGGUAAAAGAAAACCAAAAGAGGAACAACCAGAAGAAGUUGUGCUUAAACCGAUACCGAAGAUGGAGAAGUCGGAAGAAGAAACUCCGAAAGAAGUAAUUCCUAAAUUGGUUCAUAAAAUUAAGCCUAUUGAAGAGGACAAAGCGGAGGAAAUCACCUGGCGUACCGGCAAAAGAAAGCCCAAAGAAGAACAACCUUUGGAGGACAUUAGUCUUAAGCCGAUUCCUAAAAAGGAAAAAUCUGACGAAGAAAAACCAGAAGAUUCAAAAUUGAAGCCUGUCAAGAAAGAAAAAACAAUUGAUGACACUUCAUCCGAAGAUAUUAAAUGGCCGACGGGUAAACGAAAACCUAAGGAGGAACAACCUGAAGAAGAGGUUAAACUCAAACCAAUACCUAAGAAAGAGAAGCCAGAGGAAGAGAAAACUAAAGAUGCGCAGGUGCCUAAAGCGAAAGAAAAGCCUUUAGAUGAAAGUGUGCCAGAAGAAAUAACUUGGCCCAAAGGUAAAAGGAAGCCUGAAGAAGAAAAGCCACUACAGGAGAUUGUGCUAAAACCAGUGCCCAGAGAGAAGAAGUCUCAAGAUAGAGUGGAACCUGAAAAGGUGGAACUAAAACCAGUAAGACUUGAAAAAGAAAAACCAGUUGAAGAAACUCAGCCAGAAGAAGUAACGUGGCGUACUGGCAAACGUAAGCCAAGGGAAGAGCAACCAGCAGAAGAGGUAAUUCUUAAACCUAUAUCAAGAAAAGAGACACCGGAAGAAGAAAAAACGGAGGAAGUUCACCUAAAACCAGUUCGAAAAGAUAAGGUAAAGCCUGUUGAAGAGGACAAGCCAGAAGAAGUAUCGUGGCGUACUGGUAAAAGAAAACCAAAAGAGGAACAACCAAUAGAAGAAGUUGUGCUCAAACCGAUAUCAAAGAUAGAGAAGUUGAAAGAAGAAACUCCGGAUGAAGACACUCCUAAAUUGGUUCAUAAAAUUAAGCCUAUUGAAGAGGACAAAGCGGAGGAAAUCACCUGGCGUACCGGCAAGAGAAAGCCCAAAGAAGAACAACCUUUGGAGGACAUUAGUCUUAAGCCGAUUCCUAAAAAGGAAAAACCUGAAGAAGAAAAACCAGAAGAAUCAAAGAUGAAGCCUGUCAAGAAAGAAAAAACAAUUGAUGACACUUCAUCCGAAGAUAUCAAAUGGCCGACGGGCAAACGAAAACCUAAAGAGGAACAACCUGAAGAGGAGGUUAAACUCAAACCAAUACCUAAGAAAGAGAAGCCAGAGGAAGAGAAAACUAAAGAUGCGCAGGUGCCUAAAGUGAAAGAAAAGCCUUUAGAUGAAAGUGUGCCAGAAGAAGUAACAUGGCCCAAAGGUAAAAGGAAGCCUGAAGAAGAAAAGCCACUACAGGAGGUUGUGCUAAAACCAGUGCCCAGAGAGAAGAAGUCUCAAGAUAGAGUGGAACCUGAAAAGGUGGAACUAAAACCAGUAAGACUUGAAAAAGAAAAACCAGUUGAAGAAACUCAGCCAGAAGAAGUAACGUGGCGUACUGGCAAACGUAAGCCAAGGGAAGAGCAACCAGCAGAAGAGGUAAUUCUUAAACCUAUAUCAAGAAAAGAGACACCGGAAGAAGAAAAAUCGGAGGAAGUUCACCUAAAACCAGUACGCAAAGAUAAGGUAAAGCCUGUUGAAGAGGACAAGCCAGAAGAAGUAUCGUGGCGUACUGGUAAAAGAAAACCAAAAGAGGAACAACCAAUAGAAGAAGUUGUGCUCAAACCGAUAUCAAAGAUAGAGAAGUCGAAAGAAGAAACUCCGGAUGAAGAAACUCCUAAAUUGGUUCAUAAAAUUAAGCCUAUUGAAGAGGACAAAGCGGAGGAAAUCACCUGGCGUACCGGCAAAAGAAAGCCCAAAGAAGAACAACCUUUGGAGGACAUUAGUCUUAAGCCGAUUCCAAGGAAAGAAAGACAGGAAGAAGAAAAACCCGACGAACUUCAACUAAAACCAGUUUCAAAAGAAAAGUUAAUUGAGGAGGUAAAGCCAGAACAAGUGUCAUGGCGUACUGGGAAAAGAAAACCAAAGGAAGAACAACCUGUGGAAGAGGUCAUACUCAAACCGGUUCCAAAGAAACAGGAAUCAGAAGAAGAGGUUAAUCAAAAACCUGCACUGAGGGCGGGGAAACCGGAAGAAGAAACACAAGAAAAAGAGCAACGUAAACCAGUUCUAAAAGACAAAGAAAAACCGGUUGAAGAGGUUAAACCAGAAGAAGUUACUUGGCGCACUAGUAAAAGAAAGCCAAAAGAAGAUCAACCUCAACAAGAAGUUAAGCUCAAACCAGUUCCUAAAAAAGAUAUAUCGGAGGACGGAAAACCGGAAGAAGUAAAACUCAAGCCCAUAAAAAAACAAAUGAUUACUGAGGAACCUUCUUCAUCUGAUGUCGAAUGGCCAACAGGUAAAAGAAAACCUAAAGAGGCACAACCAACAGAGGAAGUAAUACUGAAACCAAUACCUAAGAAAGAACAACGGAAAGAAGAUAAACCAAAAGAAGAAGUACAAGUGCUUCCAUCAAAUCAAAAGCCCAUUGAUGAAAGUAUUCCAGAAGAAAUUACUUGGCCUAAAAGUAAAAGGAGACCUAAAGCAGAACAACCAAAAGAGGAAAUUGUGCUUAAGCCAGUGCUCAGAGAAAUGAAGUCUCAACAUAAAGAGGAACCAGAAAAAGUUUAUCUGAAACCGGUAGAAGAAAAGCCUACACGUCCAGAAAGCGAAGAAGUUGUUAUUAAAUCGGAGAAAACAGAAAAGCCUGAAGAGAAAAAAGAAUCUCAAGAAGAACAAUUUACAGAUGUUUUAGAUGAUAUUAUUAUUCAAACUGAAAAAGUCAUAAAGAAAAAGAAAGUGAAGAAAGUUUCUCUGGAGAAAGAAGCUGAAUUACAAAAACGUUCUGAGAAAGAAAUUGGGCCUAUAAUUAUUCAACCUCUCGAAGCAGCAGUCGUGAAUGAAUAUGAUAAUUUUGAGCUUAUGGUUACGUUUUAUCCAGAAAGUGUUAGUAGCAUUACAUGGUACAUGAAUAACAAAGCUAUUGAAGAAAAUGCUGACUGUGUAAUGAACAUGGAAACUGGAAAAUCUAUUUUGAAAAUAAAGCAAGCUAAUAAAAAAAAUAUUGGCAAAUACGAAGUUAUAUUAGAAAAGAACAACAUCGUAGCAAAGUCUGCCUCAACAGUAAAAUUAAAUAAAUCCGUUAGUGCAGAAAAUAUCAAUCCUCCGGUAUUUGUGAGACCUUUACAACCCAAAUUUGUGCGGUUAGGCGAUAUCGUACUUUUAGAAACUGAGGUUACCUCAAAUCCCUGUGCAUCAUUCCAAUGGUUUUUAGGUAACAGAGAAGUUAGCACAUACAUUAAACAAAAUAAGAUACGUAAUAUAUAUGUAACAAGCAAAGAUAAUAUUUCUUGUUUAUGUAUUGAAAAUAUAACAAAUAGCUUAGAAGGCGUUAUAACAUGCAGAGCUGAAAACUUUUCUGGAUCUGUUUCAUCUUCUGCUUCGCUUUUCGUUGGGAGCGAUGAUGACGAUAAUGGUUUAGGCAAACCACCUAAAGUUAUUGACUAUUUAAAACCAACAACAGUUAUGGAUGGUGACCCUAUUUUAUUAAGCUGCACAGUCAUGGGUGAACCUUGGCCAAAAAUAGAGUGGUAUCAUAAUGGAAAGUUGUUAGAGGUGGCUAGAGAUGUCACCUUUGGCAGACAAGAAUCUGGAUUAUGUGAAUUAUGUAUAAAAGAAGCUUUCCCAGAGAUGACAGGAAUCUACAAAUGUGUAGCUACAAACGAGUUUGGGCAGUGUACCAAUGAUUGUGUAGUUAAUGUGGAAGCCUAUGAAUACGUACCCAGUGCUUCAGAAGAAGAUCUCUUGAGUGAUGAGAAAACAAGUGACAUCGAAGAAUUUGCACCGAAGAUUGUUAAAGCUCUGCCAACAGUGGUGAAGUCAAACGAAGGAGAAUCGACAAGAUUUGAAGCUAAAGCAGUAGGCGUACCAAAACCGCAGAUAAGAUGGAUGAAAAAAGGUUUGCUAAUAAAGCACUCAAAGGAAUAUCAAAUAGAAGAAAUGGAAGACGGUACAUCCGUUUUGAUUAUUCCUGAAGUAUUCCAAGAUGACACCGGAGAAAUCAAGUUUGAGGCUUACAAUCCACUUGGCGUAACUGCAACAGUAGCUGCAUUAUCUGUUGAGAGUCUUAUUGGCACCAAGGAAUAUCGGAAGCCCGAGUGGGUAACACAUAUGGAGGAAUUACAAGCUGCAUUACAAGCCACUCAAUCGGUUCCAACUUUUGUCCAAAAUAUAUUAUCUGAACGUGUUCAAGAAGGAGAGACAGUCACCUUCGAUGCUAUAUUUAGUGGAAAUCCCAAGCCAGAAAUUGUUUGGUAUAAAGAUGAAAAACCGAUAAUGGCAGAUAGUAACUUCCAAAUUGAAACUAAAGAAAAUAGAACUAUUUGUAAGAUUAAAAAAGUAACAAAGAAACAUGAAGGAACAUACUUGUGCAAAGCAGUGAGUGAUGUCGGAAUGGCAAUAACAAAGGCAACAUUACAAGUAUUUGAAGCAGAGGAAAAGUUUGAAAAAAUUAAAAAGAAAAGAGUGAAAUCACUGAAACAGGAUAUAAUUGAGGAAGCCAAAGCUGAAACGUCUAUUGAAGAAACUUCUUCGUCCGUAAUAAAAACAGAAGUAGAUGUUAUCGAGAAGCCUAAACAUAUUGUACAUCCCAAAGAGGAGAAGGCAAUCGUGUCUGUGAAGGAAAUGGAUUACGUCGAAACUGUGGAUGUCGCUACUUCCAAGAAAAUUGAGACAAAAGUGAAAAAAUCUGAGCAAAGAAAAGCCGAACAUAUUGAACCAAAAGUAACACCUCACGAUUACGUUAUAACCUCUCAGGAGCAAAAUGAUCAAUCAGUUGAGUCAUUUGAGAAAUCUUCAUACAACUCGGAAAAAAUACAAGCCAAGAAUGUUUUAUCUGAUUCACAUUUGAUCGCUGAAGUGAAUGAAUUAUUAGAUGUAAUCAAUGCAAAGGAAUUUGGCCCUGGCGAAUCGCCUUUACGUGAGUUAGCUACAAUUGGAUAUAUGUUAAGAAAUGGUGUUUCUGUCGAGGAAAUUGAAGGCUUAUACGAGUCCGAACAUUUUCCUUCUUUGAGGGUGCCGCAAUCGCAAUCUGCCUUAGUACAAUUAGUGGAAAGACAAGGUCAUGGAGCCCUUAUCACUGAAGUUCUAACGGAAGAAACUGCUGAAAGCGAGGAUAUUAUUGCAGCCAAGGUUGGCUUUAAAGCUUUUAUGAAAAUGGUGGAAAUGAAACAUACUUCAGUCGAAGAAGUGAUAGCUCAUUUGUACCCAGAAGACUUCACGCCUCGUUCCUGGGAACAAAAGGGAGCACGCGAGGCAAUAGUGGAAAACGCAGUAAAGGAGAAAGCUGAAAUGCAUUCACCUGAAGUUUAUAAAGACUUACCGAAGAUACCGGAAGAUAAAAUAAGAAUAAAAGAUGACACUGAAAUUGAACAAGUAAAACGCAAAAAACACACAAAACUAUCCAAAACAUCUGAAGUCGUGAGAAGUUCAAGACAACAGCUUUCAAAGGAUGUUACUCAGUUUGAACAAGAAGAAGAAACCAUUUCCCUCGAUGAUGAACCAAUACCUCUCGUAAAGAGUUUACCAACGGACUUCCAUGAAAAUUUGAUUGAAAUUAUACCAUCAAGUGAAGCAACGAAUAUUAUUCCCGAUGAGAUAACUGAGCACAAAGCCAUUAUAAAACUGGAUACAAAUCAAUCUCUCAUUAAUGAUAUUCAGCAAUCUCAAGAAAAUGAAAAACCGUUACCUAUAAAUUCAAAAUCAAAACAUGUCAUAAAGUCGACAUUUACUGAAGCUGAACCGUUACAAGUUACUGAAGUUGAUAUUGAACAAUCUGUUGAGAAAUAUUUAACGAGCAACGUGAACAACGAGAACAUUACCAAUACUUAUAUUGUAUCAUCUGAAGGGGUUCAAACUUCAGAAACUAUUGUUAAUAUUGCAGUAGGACAGAUAGAAAAUUUCGAUCAACAAGAGGAAGUUGCAAAACCGUCUCUUAUACUAAAUAAUGCUAUUAAGGUAAUAGAACAAUUCGCUCCAACCAAAGAAAGUCUUAUGAGUGAUUCUCCUUUAAAAGAGUCUGUUGCUGUGGUUGCUAUAUCUCCUCUCUCCGGUUUGAAUGUAGAAGAAAUUAAGCUCAAUGAAAAAGAACAAGAUUUGGUGACGAAACAGGUUGAUAAGACGAUAGCUCCAAAACCUAACUUUAAUUUACUAGAGUCCAUAGAAGUUGGGGAAGUAUUCGUAGAGGAUAAAUCAGGGAAAUACUAUCCUGAAUUAAUAGUACCAACUGAAAUGGCUAAAGAGGAUGUUAUAGUUUCGAAUCAAAUUUUAACAGAAAUUCUUAAUAUUCAAGAAAAGGAGGGUGCAUUUGAUGUUCCAAAAGCACCAAGUUCACAAGAGGCUAAAUUAAAUCUUAUUUCAAAAGAUAGUAUUGUCGUUUCUACUAAUACUCUCCAUGAAAAAGAAGGAAAUCUCGAACCAUUUAGUGAAUCUACGAUGAAAGCCAGUGUAGGUACAGAUAUCAGAACUCAUCUUAGCCUUGACAAUUUUAUUCCAACUUCACAUAUAAAAGAGUCUGAACUUCAGUCAGCCCAGCAUGGUGAAAAAAUAGCUAAUGUUAGCUUUAAUGAACAUCAUCACACAUACAAAGUUGAGACUCAAAUUCAUGAUUCCGAAUAUAGUCUAGAAAGAGAAAAACCAGCUAAUGAAAUAUACGCGCACAUGAAUGUCUCAGCAUUACAAAAAAAUAUUACAGAAGAAGUUCAAGUUCAUGAACGGGAAACAAGAUUGCCAGUUAAAGAAGGUAAGCCAUCUGUGAUGGCAAAUAUUGAAAUUGAUGUAGCCGAACCAGUUAUUAUGUCUGAGACUAUUGGUAUUUCUUCAGUGAAUGACCUUAUGGUCUCAGAAAAAAAGGUUGAUGAGAUUGCUACAGAAUCAUAUAUAACAGAGACAUCUAAAACUAUUAGCACACCAUUUGUACAUGAUCAAGAAAUUCCAGAAAACUAUGUGUUUAAAAAACCUGAAAAUAUUACAGUUUCGCUCACUCAAAAUACGUCUUUAACUGUUUCACAAACGGAAACUUCCGACACAGCAGGAAAUCUUCACAUCAAUAAAACACCCGAGCUAAACACUGCACAUGAAGCACCAACUCAUCAUUUGACGACGCCUCUAUCUGAAACAAUAACAACAGCUGACCAGAUAACACUUUUAAACAAAUUGGAACAUAAUACAGAUAAAGCCACAGAGCAAAGAGACACAUUAAAAGAAUUGUUAGUAACAGAAGCUGCAGUAAAUGAACAAACAUGUCAAAUUGAUCGUCUUGAAAUACCUAAAAAUGAAGCUAAAACUACCUUUACAGAAAAAGAAAGUGUCAAUAUUUGUGAAAUAGUACCAAACAUUGCUGAGGAUGUUCUUAAAGCUAAACCUAAAGCGUUAAAUAAAAUAGCACAAAUAAAUAUGGAUAUAAACCAUAAAGCUCCUGUAGUUUUGGAAGUCAGUUCUCGGGAAUCUGUUAAUGAGUUAAAUUUAUCACUUACUUUAACAGAAGAGGCUCUAGUUAAACAAAAUAUUCUAUCAUCUGUUGUUGUUUCUGAAAGUAAAAGCUUGGACAGUCAAGGAAUAUUACAAGACUUUACCAAACCCAAUGAAAAAACUAUUACAUCAGAAAUAGUUCCUUUACAGGAUACCAUUAAUGUCCUGGAAACUGUAUAUAAUGAAAAAGAAGGUAAUUACGAUAAGAGCGAAUCUCCUAAAAGUUAUAGUGCUUUUUCCAAUAUUUUUGGACACCCGGUUGCAGUUUCUUCCGAAAUGGUAGCAGAAUCCAGUGUUUCAUUAACGUCGGAAAUCCAUGCACCCAAGGAAACUCAUGCUAAUGUUGAAAAUGUACCACAUAAAGAAUUGUGCGUGACAUCUACAAUAUUCAACGAAAAAGAAAGUGAUCUUUUAAGGGAAAGUCCCCUCAACUUUACUGCUUCUACGGAAAUAUCUGAAUGUAAGGCUUUGCUCAUAGAAGAAAAUAAAGCAGAAACAAAACCUUGUAUCUUUAAUGCUUCUAAAGUAAUACCUACAGCAAUCGCACAAAGUGAUUCUGUUACUACAGAAGCUAUUACACAACAAGAAGUUUUGGUUAAUACGUAUGAGGGCUUAUUAAAAACUGAACAUAAAGAUAUACAAGCUACCAAGCCGACUGUAACAAUAAGUGGUCUUAAAGUGCCAGAAUACAAUGUAAAAGUACCGAUUGAGAAAGAGCUUAAAUUAUCUUUACCACAAAUUCCAGAUGAGCAAAAGGCUGAUAUAUUACAUGGCCAUUAUCAUGGUGUAAUUACUUCCGAAAUUCUAUCUCAGACUGACAAUUUACAAGAAGCUCAAGAUUUUCAUAUGCCUCUUAAGACGGCGGUUGGGAAAAUUGAUGAAAUGUAUAAAAAAGCUCCUAAAAUUGAAGAGGUCCUUACAAAUCAAGUUCCGGAAGAAAUCUCGAUCACAGAUUUCAACAAACAACAAUCCAUCAUUACACAUGUUGCAGCACACCAUUUAGAAAGUACUGAAGUAGUGCCAGUGGAAAGUGAAUCCAUAAUACAAAAGCAAUCAAUACCUGAAAGCAAACUUAGAAGCGAAAUCACACAAAACCUAGCCAUUGUGGCUAGUUCCAUUGAAGCCAUUGAAAACGUGGAUAACUACUCCAAACAAACAAUUUCAGUACAAACUCAGGAUGCUGACGUGGGAUUUGUACCUUACUGUGGCACCGUAAAUACAGAGGUCGUAGUGUCUAAUGCCAUUGAAGGAAUGCCGAAGAAUUUAGAAAAGACGGUUAAUGCAAUUCGAACACAAGAUGAAUUGAGGCAAUAUGUUCAUGGUAUUGCAGUAUUUGAAGGCGAUACAGAAUCUGAAUUUGUUCCUAAUAAAAUACCUUUAGACCAGGAAGCAAAAACAACACUAGUGGAAACAACUGCUAAAGAAAUAUUGGAAGUUCAAAUUAUAGAAGGUGAAAAUUUAAUACCUAGUGCAAUCUCUGAUGCUAAUAUAAAGAAAGCUAAUGUAAGUGUUAAUCAACAACAGUCGUUGUUAAAUAUAGAAGUGAUUGCCCAUGAUAACAGCAAGGAACUUUGUAUAGCAGAAAAGCCAAUAGCAAAUGCUAUAGCUAGUCAAGGGCUACAAAAAGCUAUUGAGGAGUCUGAGCUAUUUAUAAUAGAAUCGGAAAAAGCAUACAUUGAUUCAAUUCCAGCGUCAAAGGAGACAAAAGGAGGUAUUGAAGAACACAAAUGUUUAAAUGUAACAGAAAUUAUUCCUACUGAAUCAGAAUUUCCCCUAAACACAAUACAAUCCACACUACAAACGGUAUCCGUAGCUCAUGAUUUAGUUGUCAAUUCUGGAAUUAAAGUAGAUGAAACAGUAUUAAACGAACGUGAGGAAGUAUUGUCGACUGAAUAUUUAAAAACAAGUAGUGCUGAUAUGAAUAUACGACCAUCUGAGAGUCUAAAAGUAAUUGAAGAUAUAUUAGCUGAAAAAGAAGGACGACUUAAAAUUAAAAAAUUACCUGAAACUGUUUCGAAUACUUUUAAUUUAAGCCCACAUAAGCAUUUAAAUGUCGAAGUAUGGGAACCUGCGGAAACAGAAGAAACUUUCAUAGAAAAAGAAAAUUCUAAAGAGACAAGUGGCGUUCUUGAUAUGGAGACUUUUAAAUCGCUAAAUGUAAGUAAGAUAGAACCAGAACAAAGGCAUGAAGAUUUAAAAAUUAUUGAACCUUCUAAAUCACAUAGCACCUCUAUAAAUGUUCAAACUGGUGAUUACCUUAAUGUAUGUCAAAUUUUACCAUUAGAACAAGAAACUUAUUUACCUAAACAGGACAUCGAAAAAUCAAGCCAAAUUACUACUACUGUAAAUACAGCAAAACAUGUGACAAUAAUAGAAGUUAAACCUACAGAAAAAGAAAAAUUGUUAGACAGUGUAUUCGAACGACCAAAUCAAUCUUGUACGUCAACUAUUGAAACAACUUCGUCUGUUGAAGUACAAGAAGUUUUAACAAAAGAAUCUGAACAAUACAUGUCAUCAGAAGAUAUUACAAAACUUGUUAAGCCAAACUUUAUUGUUGAACCACAACACCAUGUUUUUGUAAGUGAUAUAUCAGUUAAAGAACGUGAAGAAAAAUUAAAUAUUGAUACUUUCUCGACAUGUAAAAAUGAAAAUAUUGAUAUAGUAACAGCUAAGCAUAUCUUAACAUUUGAAAAUGUUCCAAUGGAAGUUGAAUCUGAUGUUCCGUGCAAAGAUUUCAACAAACCUGAGAAUGCUCGUCAAGAUCGUGUUAUAGUAGAAGGGCUGUAUAGUGAACAGCCGAAUAUUUUAGAGCACGUUGAGGAAAUUACUAAUAAAAUUCAUUCAGACGUCGUGCAUAAUAUCAAAGCAGAUAUUGAUAGUUUGAAAGCGGCAAAUCAAAGUACAGUAAUUGUCCAGGAAUAUCCUGAUCAAUUGCCCUAUUUCAAACAAUCAAAAGUAAAAGCAACAGAAAUAUCUAUGCCGGAACACGAUAUUUUGGAAACGUCAUUGACACAAGUUAUGGAAAGUACUGGUAAAUUAAGAGAUGAAAAAAAUUCAGUAGAAAAUAAAGCACAAUUACAAUUAGAAACACAUAAAAACAUUUUUACUCGGGAAUAUGUAACUAACGAUAUGCCUGAAGAUUUGGUUCACCAAAAAAGUCAGGAAGUGCACGCUGAGAAAAGUCUAUUAGAAUUGCAACCUGUUCAAGAAAUGGAGGUUAUCACGACAGAAAAAACUGAAUUUUUAAAUAAAGUUGUUGCUGUAAAGGACGAAACUGCCGCUGAAAGUCAUGUUAUCCAACAAUGUAUUGAAAAUGUUAAGCCGGAGUUAUUUGAAAAUACUGGUGAUUUAAUAAACCAGUAUCAACCCAACCUUAAUAAAGCUUCUCUUGAUUUAGAAACUCAUAUUAGCCUUAGUGUUUCUGAAAAUUCUAGUCAAGAAAUGCCACUAACAUUGAAAAUUGAGUUAGAUCAACCAAUCAAAGGUAGAAAAGAAAUUUCAGCAAUGAAUCCUUUGGAACAAUUUGAAGUAGUUUUUGACGAACAAACAACGGAUGUUCAAAAACAAGAAAUACGCGAGGAAAACAUUAAAACUAAAACAAUCGAAAUAUUACCUAUCACUCAAUUAGAUGUUGUAGUUAGUGAUAGUUUAACAGACACUGACUUUAAACAUAGUACUCCUCGUGAUAAAGCUUCUUUAUCUAUGACAACUGUGGAAGGAAUACAUGUUCUUGAAGUUUGCGAUGAGAGUUCUUCGAAACCUAUUCCAAUAACGGAAAGUAUGGUUGUCAAUGCUAAAAAAACUGUCACCCCAUUACCACACAUACAGUGCGUUGAAAAUAUUGUCGAUUCUCAAGUAGAAGAAUUAGUUACUCAAACAAGUCCGUUAAAAACAGUCACUGUUAAAACACCAUCCAUAUUACCGUUAAUAGUAUCUGAACAUGAAUGCUUACAACAUGAGUCUGAAAUCCCUUUAAAAGUAUCCCCUGGAAAGCAAAACGCCAAAACUGGUGUUACGGUAUCACAAGUAUUUGAGGUAAAUAAUGAGUAUAUAAAUGAGCAAACGUUACCUUAUGAGGAAGAGAAGCCCAGCGUGCAUCAAUCUAAUAUUACAACUGUAGAAGAUCAAUUUGUUGAGGUUAUACAGCCAGUUGUGCAUACGAUGGACAAAUCAGACAUUUCAUCAAUUUCACCUAAAACAUCUGACAUUGAAGAAACUGAAGAAAUUGUUUCCAAGUUCGUAAGAGCACCGGGUCAAGAGGAACCAAUACAAAUAAGAACUAAAAGAACAAUAAUAAGAAAGAAAAAUCGGUCAAAAGUUAGUGAGGUAUCAGAAGGUGACGUUGUUAUAGAAGAAUCCUUAGAUGACGAAUACCCUGAUAAACUUCGCGAACCGAAAAAUUACGGUGUGAAAAUAGAAGAAUAUGAUGGAGAGGAUUCUUUUACUCACUUUGAUACCGACACGAGUACAAUCGAGAUGCCAGAUGAGUUUUUACAAAUACCUAAAAUGCAAUCGCAAGUACAAAUCGAAGAAAUGAUGGACGAACAAACUGUUUUAAAGAAAAAAUCUAUUGACACUUCAGAAUUUACAACGUUAGACGAGGAACAACAUGACACUAUAAAGACAGAGAUAGGUGAGAUACAAAAAAUCGAUGAAAGGAUUCAUCCGAAAACGGAAGCAAUAAAAAAAUUCGAUGAUAAAUCUAUAGAGGAAAAUGAAGUUCCUGAAGAAACAACCAUCGAAGAAAUCGACACACCUGAAGGUAAGGUCACGGUUAAGACAGUAAAGAAACGAACAAAGAAAACUAAAUCAGUAGUACUGAUAUCGGACAAUUCAAAACUACCAGACAUUACUGACGAGAGCAUCACACCACUCAAUCAAUUGCAAGAACCAGUACAAGCCACCCCGUUAGAAGACGAACCAGAAAUGGUCGAAAUAACGGAAACCAAAACGGAGACUGGUGAAGUGAGAAAAGUGAAAACUAAGAAACGUCGAGUGAAAGGCAAAGAUGGUGAGGUGCAAGAGGUACAUGAAAUUACUGAAAUCACGUCGAUGAUCGAAGAACCCGAGGAAAUCACUGAAGCUCCUGAAGAAACUACCAUAGAAGAAAUCGAAAUACCUGAAGGUAAGGUCACGGUAAAGACAGUAAAGAAACGAACAAAGAAAACUAAAACAGUAGUACAUACACCAGACACUUCAAAACUACCAGACAUCACUGAUGAGAGCAUCAUACCACUCGAUCAAUUGCAAGAACCAGUACAAGCCACCUCGUUGGAAGAUGAACCAGAAACAGUCGAAAUAACGGAAACUAAAACGGAGACUGGUGAAGUGAGGAAAGUGAAAACUAAGAAACGUCGAGUCAAAGGCAAAGAUGGUGAGGUGCAAGAGGUACACGAAAUUACUGAAAUCACGUCGACGACAAAAGAACCCGAGGAAUUCACCGAAGUUCCUGAAGAAACAACCAUCGAAGAAAUCGACACACCUGAAGGUAAGGUCACGGUUAAGACAGUAAAGAAACGAACAAAGAAAACUAAAACAGUAGUACAUACAUCAGACACUUCACAAAUAGCUGACUUAACCGAAGAGAACGUCACACCACUUAAUCUAUUACAAGAACCAGACCAAGCCACGCCGUUGGAAGAUGAACCAGAAACGGUCGAGAUAACGAAAACAAAAACGGAGACUGGUGAAGUGAGAAAAGUGAAAACUAAGAAACGUCGAGUCAAAGGGAAAGAUGGUGAGGUGCAAGAGGUACACGAAAUUACUGAAAUCACUUCGACGACCGAAGAACCCGAGGAAAUCACUGAAGUUCCUGAAGAAACUACCAUCGAAGAAAUCGAAACACCUGAAGGUAAGGUCACGGUUAAGACAGUAAAGAAACGAACAAAGAAAACUAAAACAGUAGUACAUACACCAGACACUUCACAAAUAGCUGACUUAACCGAAGAGAACGUCACACCACUUAAUCUAUUACAAGAACCAGACCUUGCCACGCCGUUGGAAGAUGAACCAGAAACGGUCGAGAUAACGGAAACAAAAACGGAGACUGGUGAAGUGAGAAAAGUGAAAACUAAGAAACGUCGAGUCAAAGGCAAAAAUGGUGAGGUGCAAGAGGUACAAGAAAUUACUGAAACUACGACGGCAACCAAAGAACCCGAGGAAAUCACAGAAGUACCUGAAGAUACAACCAUCGAAGAAAUCGACACACCUGAAGGUAAGGUCACGGUUAAGACAGUAAAGAAACGAACAAAGAAAACUAAAACAGUAGUACAUACAUCGGACAUUUCAAAACUACCGGAUAUUACUGACGAGAGCAUCACACCACUCAAUCAAUUGCAAGAACCAGUACAAGCCACCCCGUUAGAAGAUGAACCAGAAAUGGUCGAAAUAACGGAAACCAAAACGGAGACUGGUGAAGUGAGAAAAAAGAAAACUAAGAAACGUCGCGUCAAAGGCAAGGAUGGUGAAGUGCAAGAGGUACACGAAAUUACUGAAAUCAUGUUAACGCCUGAUGAACCGGAGGAAAUAACGGAAGUGCCUGAAGAAACAACCAUAGAAGAAAUCGACACACCUGAAGGUAAGGUCACGGUUAAGAUGGUAAAGAAACGAACAAAGAAAUCUAAAACAGUAGUACAAACACCAGACACUUCACAAAUAGUAGAUAUCACUGACGAGAGCAUCACACCACUCGAACAAUUACAAGAACCAGAUCAGGCCACCCCGUUGGAAGAUGAACCAGAAACGGUCGAGAUAACGGAAACAAAAACGGAGACUGGUGAAGUGAGAAAAGUGAAAACUAAGAAACGUCGAGUGAAAGGCAAAGAUGGUGAGGUGCAAGAGGUACACGAAAUUACUGAAAUCACGUCGACGACCGAAGAACCCGAGGAAAUCACUGAAGUUCCUCAAGAAACUAACAUCGAAGAAAUCGAAACACCUGAAGGUAAGGUCGUGGUUAAAACAGUUAAGAAACGAACAAAGAAAACUAAAACAGUACUACAUGCACCAGACACCUCACAAAUAUCAGACAUCACUGACGAGAGCAUCACACCACUCGAACAAUUACAAGAACCAGAUCAGGCCACCCCGUUGGAAGAUGAACCAGAAACGGUCGAGAUAACGGAAACAAAAACGGAGACUGGUGAAGUGAGAAAAGUGAAAACUAAGAAACGUCGCGUCAAAGGCAAGGAUGGUGAAGUGCAAGAGGUACACGAAAUUACUGAAAUCGUGUUAACGCCUGAUGAACCGGAGGAGAUAACGGAAGUGCCUGAAGAAACAACCGUAGAAGAAAUCGACACACCUGAAGGUAAGGUCACGGUUAAGACAGUAAAGAAACGAACAAAGAAAACUAAAACAGUAGUACAUACACCAGACAUUUCACAAAUAGCUGACUUAACCGAAGAGAACGUCACACCACUUAAUCUAUUACAAGAACCAGACCAAGCCACCCCGUUGGAAGAUGAACCAGAAACGGUCGAGAUAACGGAAACAAAAACGGAGACUGGUGAAGUGAGCAAAGUGAAAACAAAGAAACGUCGAGUCAAAGGCAAGGAUGGUGAGGUGCAAGAGGUACACGAAAUUACUGAAAUCACUUCGACGACCGAAGAACCCGAGGAAAUCACUGAAGUUCCUGAAGAAACUACCAUCGAAGAAAUCGAAACACCUGAAGGUAAGGUCACGGUAAAGACAGUAAAGAAACGAACAAAGAAAACUAAAACAGUAGUACAUACACCAGACACUUCACAAAUAGCAGACUUAACCGACGAGAAUGUCACACCACUCGAUCAAUUGCAAGAACCAGACCAAGCCACGCCGUUAGAAGAAGAACCAGAAACGGUCGAAAUAACGAAAACCAAAACAGAGACUGGUGAAGUGAGAAAAGUGAAAUCAAAGAAACGUCGAGUGAAAGGCAAAGACGGUGAGGUGCAAGAGGUACACGAAAUUACUGAAAUCACUUCGACGACCGAAGAACCCGAGGAAAUCACUGAAGUUCCUGAAGAAACUACCAUCGAAGAAAUCGAAACACCUGAAGGUAAGGUCACGGUAAAGACAGUAAAGAAACGAACAAAGAAAACUAAAGCAGUAGUACAUACACAAGACACUUCACAAAUAGCUGACUUAACCGAAGAGAACGUCACACCACUUAAUCUAUUACAAGAACCAGACCAAGCCACCCCGUUGGAAGAUGAACCAGAAACGGUCGAGAUAACGGAAACAAAAACGGAGACUGGUGAAGUGAGAAAAGUGAAAACUAAGAAACGUCGCGUCAAAGGCAAGGAUGGCGAAGUGCAAGAGGUACACGAAAUUACUGAAAUCGUGUUAACGCCUGAUGAACCGGAGGAGAUAACGGAAGUGCCUGAAGAAACAACCGUAGAAGAAAUCGACACACCUGAAGGUAAGGUCACGGUUAAGACAGUAAAGAAACGAACAAAGAAAACUAAAACAGUAGUACAAACACCAGACACUUCACAAAUAGUAGAUAUCACUGACGAGAGCAUCACACCACUCGAACAAUUACAAGAACCAGAUCAGGCCACCCCGUUGGAAGAUGAACCAGAAACAGUCGAAGUAACGGAAACCAAAACGGAGACUGGUGAAGUGAGAAAAGUGAAAUCAAAGAAACGUCGAGUGAAAGGCAAAGACGGUGAGGUGCAAGAGGUACACGAAAUUACUGAAAUCACUUCGACGCCCGAUGAACUCGGGGAAAUCACUGAAGUUCCCGAUGAAUGUACCAUCGAAGAAAUCGACACACCUGAAGGUAAGGUCACGGUUAAGACAGUAAAGAAACGAACAAAGAAAACUAAAACAGUAAUGCAUACACCAGACACUUCACAAAUAGCAGACAUCACUGACGAGAGCAUCACACCACUCGAACAAUUACAAGAACCAGAUCAGGCCACCCCGUUGGAAGAUGAACCAGAAACGGUCGAGAUAACGGAAACAAAAACGGAGACUGGCGAAGUGAGAAAAGUGAAAACUAAGAAACGUCGAGUCAAAGGCAAAGAUGGUGAGGUGCAAGAGGUACACGAAAUUACUGAAAUCACGUCGACGCACGAUGUACACGAGGAUAUUACUGAAAUUCCUGAAGAGACUACCAUCGAAGAAAUCGACACACCUGAAGGUAAGGUCACGGUUAAGACAGUAAAGAAACGAACAAAGAAAACUAAAACAGUACACACACCAGACACUUCACAAAUAGUAGAUAUCACUGACGAGAGCAUCACUCCACUCGAACAAUUACAAGAACCAGAUCAGGCCACCCCGUUGGAAGAUGAACCAGAAACAGUCGAAGUAACGGAAACCAAAACGGAGACUGGUGAAGUGAGAAAAGUGAAAACAAAGAAACGUCGCGUCAAAGGCAAGGAUGGCGAGGUGCAAGAGGUACACGAAAUUACUGAAAUCAUGUUAACGCCUGAUGAACCGGAGGAAAUAACGGAAGUGCCUGAGGAAACAACCGUAGAAGAAAUCGACACACCUGAAGGUAAGGUCACGGUUAAGACAGUAAAGAAACGAACAAAGAAAACUAAAACAGUAGUACAAACACCAGACACUUCACAAAUAGUAGAUAUCACUGACGAGAGCAUCACACCACUCGAACAAUUACAAGAACCAGAUCAGGCCACCCCGUUGGAAGAUGAACCAGAAACGGUCGAGAUAACGGAAACAAAAACGGAGACUGGUGAAGUGAGAAAAGUGAAAACUAAGAAACGUCGAGUCAAAGGCAAAGAUGGUGAGGUGCAAGAGGUACACGAAAUUACUGAAAUCACGUCGACGACCGAUGAACCGGAGGAAAUUACAGAAGUGCCUGAAGAAACAACCGUCGAAGAAAUCGACACACCUGAAGGUAAGGUCACGGUUAAGACAGUAAAGAAACGAACAAAGAAAACUAAAACAGUAGUACAAACACCAGACACUUCACAAAUAGUGGAUAUCACUGACGAGAGCAUCACUCCACUCGAACAAUUACAAGAACCAGAUCAGGCCACCCCGUUGGAAGAUGAACCAGAAACAGUCGAAGUAACGGAAACCAAAACGGAGACUGGUGAAGUGAGAAAAGUGAAAACUAAGAAACGUCGCGUCAAAGGCAAGGAUGGUGAAGUGCAAGAGGUACACGAAAUUACUGAAAUCAUGUUAACGCCUGAUGAACCGGAGGAAAUAACGGAAGUGCCUGAAGAAACAACCAUAGAAGAAAUCGACACACCUGAAGGUAAGGUCACGGUUAAGAUGGUAAAGAAACGAACAAAGAAAUCUAAAACAGUAGUACAAACACCAGACACUUCACAAAUAGUAGAUAUCACUGACGAGAGCAUCACACCACUCGAACAAUUACAAGAACCAGAUCAGGCCACCCCGUUGGAAGAUGAACCAGAAACGGUCGAGAUAACGGAAACAAAAACAGAGACUGGUGAAGUGAGAAAAGUGAAAACUAAGAAACGUCGAGUGAAAGGCAAAGACGGUGAGGUGCAAGAGGUACACGAAAUUACUGAAAUCACGUCGACGACCGAUGAACCCGAGGAAAUCACUGACGUUCCUGAAGAAACUACCAUCGAAGAAAUCGACACACCUGGAGGUAAGGUCACGGUUAAGACAGUAAAGAAACGAACAAAGAAAACUAAAACAGUACACACACCAGACACUUCACAAAUAGUAGAUAUCACUGACGAGAGCAUCACACCAAUCGAACAAUUACAAGAACCAGAUCAGGCCACCCCGUUGGAAGAUGAACCAGAAACGAUCGAGAUAACGGAAACAAAAACGGAGACUGGCGAGGUGAGAAAAGUGAAAACUAUGAAACGUCGCGUCAAAGGCAAGGAUGGUGAAGUGCAAGAGGUACACGAAAUUACUGAAAUCACGUCGACGCCCGAUGUACACGAGGAUAUUACUCAAAUUCCUGAAGAGACUACCAUCGAAGAAAUCGACACACCUGAAGGUAAGGUCACGGUAAAGACAGUAAAGAAACGAACAAAGAAAACUAAAACAGUAGUACAUACACCAGACAUUUCACAAAUAGCAGACUUAACCGACGAGAACGUCACACCAAUCGAUCAAUUGCAAGAACCAGACCAAGCCACCCCGUUGGAAGAUGAACCAGAAACGGUCGAGAUAACAGAAACCAAAACGGAGACUGGUGAAGUGAGAAAAGUGAAAACUAAGAAACGUCGAGUCAAAGGCAAGGAUGGUGAGGUGCAAGAGGUACACGAAAUUACUGAAAUCACGUCGACGCACGAUGUACACGAGGAUAUUACUGAAAUUCCUGAAGAGACUACCAUCGAAGAAAUCGACACACCUGAAGGUAAGGUCACGGUUAAGACAGUAAAGAAACGAACAAAGAAAACUAAAACAGUAGUACAAACACCAGACACUUCACAAAUAGAUAUCACUGACGAGAGCAUCACACCACUCGAACAAUUACAAGUACCAGAUCAGGCCACCCCGUUGGAAGAUGAACCAGAAACAGUCGAAAUAACGGAAACCAAAGCGGAGACUGGUGAAGUGAGAACAGUGAAAUCAAAGAAACGUCGAGUCAAAGGCAAGGAUGGUGAGGUGCAAGAGGUACACGAAAUUACUGAAAUCACUUCGACGAUUGAAGAACCCGAGGAAAUCACUGAAGUUCCUGAAGAAACUACCAUCGAAGAAAUCGAAACACCUGAAGGUAAGGUCACGGUUAAGACAGUAAAGAAACGAACAAAGAAAACUAAAACAGUACACACACCAGACACUUCACAAAUAGUAGAUAUCACUGACGAGAGCAUCACACCACUCGAACAAUUACAAGAACCAGAUCAGGCCACCCCGUUGGAAGAUGAACCAGAAACAGUCGAAAUAAUCGAAACCAAAACGGAGACUGGUGAAGUGAGAAAAGUGAAAACAAAGAAACGUCGAGUCCAAGGCAAGGAUGGUGAGGUGCAAGAGGUACACGAAAUUACUGAAAUCACUUCGACGACCGAAGAACCCGAGGAAAUCACAGAAGUUCCUGAAGAAACUACCAUCGAAGAAAUCGAAACACCUGAAGGUAAGGUCACGGUUAAGACAGUAAAGAAACGAACAAAGAAAACUAAAACAGUAGUACAAACACCAGACACUUCACAAAUAGUAGAUAUCACUGACGAGAGCAUCACACCACUCGAACAAUUACAAGAACCAGAUCAGGCCACCCCGUUGGAAGAUGAACCAGAAACAGUCGAAAUCACAGAAACCAAAACGGAGACUGGUGAAGUGAGAAAAGUGAAAACUAAGAAACGUCGCGUCAAAGGCAAGGAUGGUGAGGUGCAAGAGGUACACGAAAUUACUGAAAUCACGUCGACGCCCGAUGAACCAGUGGAAAUUACGGAAGUGCCUGAAGAAACAACCAUCGAAGAAAUCGACACACCUGAAGGUAAGGUCACGGUUAAGACAGUAAAGAAGCGAACAAAGAAAACAAAAACAGUACACACACCAGACACUUCACAAAUAGUAGACAUCAUUGACGAGACCAUCACUCAACUCGAUAAAUUACAAGAACCAGAUCAGGCCACCCCGUUAGAAGAUGAACCAGAAACGGCCGAGAUAAAAGAAACAAAAACGGAGACUGGUGAAGUGAGAAAAGUGAAAACUAAGAAACGUCGAGUCCAAGGCAAGGAUGGUGAGGUGCAAGAGGUACACGAAAUUACUGAAAUCACUUCGACGACCGAAGAACCCGAGGAAAUUACUGAAGUUCCGGAAGAAACUACCAUCGAAGAAAUCGACACACCUGAAGGUAAGGUCACGGUUAAGACAGUAAAGAAACGAACAAAGAAAACUAAAACAGUACACACACCAGACACUUCACAAAUAAUAGACAUCAUUGACGAGACCAUCACACAACUCGAUAAAUUACAAGAACCAGAUCAGGCCAACCCGUUAGAAGAUGAACCAGAAACGGUCGAGAUAACGGAAACAAAAACGGAGACUGGUGAAGUGAGAAAAGUGAAAACUAAGAAACGUCGAGUCCAAGGCAAGGAUGGUGAGGUGCAAGAGGUACACGAAAUUACUGAAAUCACUUCGACGACCGAAGAACCCGAGGAAAUUACUGAAGUUCCGGAAGAAACUACCAUCGAAGAAAUCGACACACCUGAAGAUACCCAUAUGAAAAAUGAACGGCCUAUAGAAAAUAAACCGGAGGAAGACGCACAGCCAUUAUUUUCUCAAAAAGUUGCAGACACUGAAGUACCAGAAAAAACCAAAAUAAAAUUAAAACCCCAAAAAAUCGAGCGUAUCUCUCUAGAAAUGAGUUCUCCUCAAAAACCUGAAGAAACAGAAGGGCCUCAAUUUGCUAAAGUGAAGCUUAAAAAACAAACACCAAAACCGAAGGAAGAAGCAAAGACGAUAGCUUUACCCAAGUUUCAAUUAAAAAGUAGAAUAAAAUUAAUAACCGAUUGGCCACCAAAUCCAGUAAAACCCAUAUAUACUAAUAUAGGAAGCAUUAAGCAGUGCGGAGAUUUGUCACGAAAUAUAAAGGAGGCUAAAAAGAUCAAAAAGAAAAUAAUAGUAGAAGAACCGCUACCAGAUCUAGAAAAGCCUGAAUUAGAACAGCUUGAAAAAAUAGAAUUUGAUAAAAAUAAAGAUAUAAAUGAAAUAGUUGAAGUAUCACCUAAUAUCCAAAAACAGCAACCAGAACAACCUCUAAAAGAUGACACAGUAAAAACUGAACCCCCGACUAGCAAAAAGAUAAAGAAAUUGAUACCCAUUGCUAUAGAACAAAAAGUGCUGCAAAUAGAUAAGCCACAGCAUGCAGAAAAUACAGAAGGACCACAAUUUGCGAAAGUGAAACUUAAGAAAACUAUAACACAAGAAAAACAAGAUCGUGCCUCUGUUAAAAUUCCUAAGUUGCAAUUAAAAAGUCGAAUAAAGUUCAUCAAUGAUUGGCCUCCGGAAAUAGUAAAACCGUCUGUAACUGUGAUAGAUAGUAUAAGACAGAACGGCAUUUUAUCAAGAAAUGUUAAAGAAGCUGCAAAAAUAAAGAAAAAGCCAAUAAAACAAGUUGUUCUACCAGAUGUUGAAAAAUCUGAACUAGAAAAGCCAAUGUUUACACACGAUGACAUAAUAGAAUCAAAAAAUCAGUUUCCAGAGGAAGAUAAAUCAAUCAAUGAGAAAGCAACAACUAAUGAAAAUGAUGAAGAGCCAGAACAAUUCACUAUACAACCUCGUAAGCCUAGCUUGAAAAAAGUGGAAGAAAUCGAAGAUGAAGUUGUUAUAAAAAAGAAAUUAAAACCUACCCGAAAAUCAUCCGUUACACUACCUGAAAUAACAGAACCCGAAAUAGUUGUAUUUAGACCCAAAACUACUAAAACUUUGGAAGAUGUUGAACAAGAAUUUAAUAUUCAAUUAAAUUCUUAUGCAGAAGAAGAGAUAUCAAUGUCUAGUAAAGUGAAAUUAAAACCACAAAAGCAACCAACUUUUGGAGAAGAGGCUAAUGAAACUUCAAUUAAAUUCUAUGAAGAUGAUCAAUCUGUUGAAGAAAUUAUUAUUUCUGAUACUGAAAGUGAUGUCGGUAACGAAUCUGCAAAUGUUAUAUUAUCAAUGAAAAAAGCAAAGGUCAUGCAGGAAACGCAUGAAGAGGAUAUGUCUGUAACUUUGGCUAAGCCAAAAACAUCGAUGCCAGCUUCAGAAAUUAUGGAGGAUGUCAAUAUAACUUUAGAUAAAAAACAUGAAUAUGUCAUAGAUAAUCAAGAAGAAAUUGCCUUUGAUAUAAAGCAACGCAUAGAACAACAUAAGCAAGAAGAUUUAACCCUUUCUAGUAAAAUUAAACUUAAGGCCAAGAAAAAGGUUAGUAAAUCUGAAGCGGCUGAUGAAGCUUCAAUUAAAGUAGAAAAAUAUAUCGAAGAUUCUGAACAAGUGGAAGAAGUGAUUAUAAGUGAAGAUGAAUCAGAAGGAAAUGUAGAAAUGGUUAUAAAACGAAAACCAAAGAAGACUCCAUAUGAAGUAAACGAGGUAGAGGAAUUAAAUGUGGAUCUUAAACCGAAAAGAGUGAUCAAAGCGCCAACAUUCGAAGAAGAAGAAAUCACCAUAUCAGCAAAGCGAAAGCCCAAAAAGCCGUUAAUUAUACAAGAAGCAGAUGCAAGUAUGAGUAUAUCAAGAGAACAGGAAUUCCCAGAAACUCCAGUUAACGUCCGCUCUGGUGACAUUGUAUUUGCAGUUUACUCUUAUGUCGCUGAAACUGAUGAAGCUAUAAGUUUAGUAGAGGGUGAACGAUUGUACAUACUAGAUACAACUAAUCAGGACUGGUGGUACGUACGUAAACAUCUCACUGAAGAAAAGGGCUGGGUGCCUGCUCAGUAUUUAAUGGAUGAAGACAAUUAUACUUUGUACUUACAGAAGAAAUUGAAUGAAAAAAUAGAUAAACUUCCUGUAUUUGAAAAACCGGCUUCUGAAGAACAAGCCAUUGCUCCUAUAUUUGUUGAAAAGCUACGUCCAAAACAUACACCUGAUGGCUCCACUGUCCAAUUCGAAUGUCAAGUUGAAGGCUACCCAAGACCACAAAUCACUUGGUUCCGGCAAACUGCCAUUAUUAAACCAUCUCAAGACUUCCAAAUGUAUUACGAUGAUGAUAAUGUUGCAACCCUUGUAAUACGUGAAGUUUUCCCAGAAGAUGCUGGUACAUUCACGUGUGUUGCGAAGAAUGCAGCAGGUUUUGCAUCGAGCACAACUGAGUUAAUAGUUGAGGCUCCUCUUUCUGACCACGGAUCUGAAAUGACCAUUUUGUCCCGAAAGAGUCUUUCAAGAGAGUCAUCAUUGGCAGACAUUUUGGAAGGUAUACCACCAACCUUUUCUAAACGUCCAAAAGCGCAAUAUGUCGAUGAAGGAUCAGACAUAUAUCUUGAAUGUCGUUUGGUCGCAAUACCCGAACCCGACAUCACUUGGUUAUUCAAAGGUGAUGAAAUUAUGCCAAAUGAAAAUAUUUCUAUAGUUACCGAAUCAGACAUGCAUAUGUACUGUAGUGUCUUAAAAAUUUCUAAUGUUAAAAAAUCUCAAGAGGGGACAUACACUGUAUUGGCAAUGAAUAGGGAAGGCGAGGCAAGUCUGCCGAUUGUUCUCAAAAUUAAAACAGGCGAAAAAGAAAAACCGCAAGUAAUCGAACCAUUGAAAAAUAUAAGCAUUCGGGAAGGUGAGAGCUUCUUGCUUACGACUCAAGUGGUUGGAAAUCCUGAACCUAAAGUUACGUGGUUCCGUAAUAAUAAGUCUCUGAAAUCUGUUCCUGUGAAAUCGGAUGGAAAUAUUCAUUCCAUUACAAUUAUUAAACCUAAGAAAGGAAAGGACGACGGAGUAUACACAUUGAAAGCUAUCAAUUCAGAAGGUGUAACAGAAACAAGUGCGGUUAUUGUAAUUGAAGAACCAACGGAAGAAAAUGCGGAGCCCCCUCUAUUUAUUCAUCGAUUCCAAGAAAUUACUGUUAAGGAAAAGGAAACUAUAAAUCUUACUGCUAAAGUGACUGGGAAUCCAGUGCCUUCGAUUACAUGGUAUAGAAACAACAAAAUAAUUACACCUUCAGAAACAGUAACACAACGAUUUGAUGGUGAAAAUAUAGAAUUAAUUAUUGCUAAUGUCGACUCUGAAGUAGAUUCAGGUGAUUACAAAUGUGUCGCUUCUAACAGUGCCGGUAAAGCAUCGCAUGGUGCCAAAGUGACAAUUGACGUUGAAAAGGUGACAUUUGUGAAGAAAUUAAAGAAAACAUAUGAAACUGAAGAAGGAAAAACGGUUAUAUUAGAAUGCGAAACAUCUCACACAGUAUCUACAAAAUGGUACCAUAAUAACAAAGAAUUGAGUGGUAUGGAUCAUAGAGAAAUUAUACAAGAAGGCAGGAUACAUAAAUUAAGAAUCAAAAAAGCAAAACUGUCCGAUAAGGGAAUAUUUAAAUGCGUAGUUAAAGAUCAGGAAACCAGUACCAGCUUAACUAUUCAUGAGACCAUUCCUGAAUUCUUACGAAGACUUCAAGAUUUUGAGGUUAAGGAAAAAGAUAUUGCCAUUCUUGAAGUUGAAAUUAAUUCGGAAACUGCUGAUGUAAUCUGGGAAAAAGAUGGUGAAAUAAUUAAAUCUAAAAAGAACAAGUAUGAAUUAGAAAAACGUGGAAAUGUUCGUAAACUAUUUAUAAGGAAUACAUCUGUGCAUGAUGAAGGUGAAUAUGUAUGCAAGCUACGAGAUGAUUUCUGCGCUGCAGAAGUAACGGUUGUCGAAUUACCUCCUGAAAUUAUAUCGAGGCUUCAAGACCAAAGAGUAAAUAAAGGACAUAAGGCUACAUUUGAAAUUGAACUCACCAAGGGCGAUGCUCUAGUGAGAUGGCUUAAGGAUGGUUCAGAAAUACAAUUUUCGAAUCACAUGCAGCUAACCAUCGACGGAAAGAAACAAAAGUUAAAAAUAUAUGAUUGUGACCUAAGCGAUGCGGGUGUAUACGCGUGUGAAGUCGGUAGUGAUAGAUGCGUAGCGAAGCUUAUCGUUGACGAACCUUCUAUCGAUUUUACUAUACGUCUACCUGAAACUGUCCUCAUUCCAUUGGCCACAGAUGCGUAUUUGACGGUCGAAGUACCGGAUGAAAAAUAUGAUGUGGUGUGGUAUAAGAGAAAGACUGUCCUUGAAGAUACAGAUAAAUUCACGUUAAUAAGAGAUGGUAGGAAGCGAACACUUAUUAUUAGGAACUGCAUUGAAGAGGAUCAAAGUGAAUACUCUUGUGUCUUAUUUGAUGCAAAAUGUUCAACGAAACUGAAAGUAGAGGUUAUAGAAUUCCCGCCUAAAGUUAUUUCAUAUGAAAAAGAAUAUAAAGUUAAACGCGGCGGCGAUGUUACUAUCAAUAUUCAAUAUGAGGCAAACCCACCGCCGAAUGACGAGUGGAUCGUAAACGCUAAGAUCAUCAAAAGAUCUAAACAUACAAAACCUUCCAUCGAUUCACAAAAUGCGAGCCUUACCAUUAGGAAAAUUGAACAUUCCGACGCUGGUAUUUAUAAACUCAAACUUGAAAAUAACUGUGGAGUAUUAGAAAUUGAAACUAAAGUUAUAGUUAUGGAUAUUCCUUCAGCGCCCGGAGCGCCAAAAGUGCUCGACGUCGAUAACACGUUUGUGAAUAUUUACUGGAGUGAACCUACUGAUACUGGAUUUUCACAGAUAGAAUGUUAUAUUGUUGAAUAUCAAGAGAUAAAUACCUCAGAAUGGAUAUCCAUAGAAAGCGUAAGGAAGAACCAAUACUGCGUCGAAAAUUUGAAAACAAAAUCAUCGUAUAGAUUCCGCGUAUUCGCUGUAAACGAAGUGGGUGUAAGCGAAUCAUCUGAGGUCACUGAAUUUAUUCGAAUUGAGAAAGCUAGCGUUGGCCAAGCACCUAGUGUAGAGAAACCACUUAAAGAUAUUGUUGUUAACCCCGAUGAAAGCGUGGAGCUUUCAUGUAUAUUCGGUGGUGUUCCAGAACCUAAAGUUGUAUGGGUUAAGAAUGGGAAACAAUUGAAAACAGCUAAAGCGACAUAUGUUAAUCGAGUAGCAACAUUAGCCGUAACAGCUACCAAGACAUCUGAAGGUGAAUACAAGUGUAUCGCUACAAAUGAAUUCGGUGACGUUGAAACCUCGUGUAAUUUAGAGAUACAAUUGAAGCCUAUUAUAAGUGUGCCUGAAAAUGAAAUUGAUCAAAAGAAAAAGAUUGACAAGGAAUGGUCGGUAACGGCGAAUAUUGAAGGCAUUCCGCAACCAAACGUUGUUUGGUAUAAGAAUGGUACCAGACUUGAAAUAACCGAAGAAAUUGAAAUUAUUACGUCUGAAAGCACGAGUAUCAUCAGAAUAUCUAAGCUUAAACGAUCCCACAGUGGUAAAUAUACUAUAGAAGCAAGUAACAAAGCAGGAAAUUCUUCAUUGGACCUUCUUCUUAAAGUAUUCGAUAAGCCCAGUAAGCCCAAAGGGCCAGUAGUACUUCGAGAAAUUAGUAGAGAAUCAGUAACAAUAGAAUGGAAACCGCCGGUUGACGACGGGGGUAUCGAGCUGACCAAGUAUGCCAUAGAGAAGCAUGAUCCUGAAGUCAAUCAAUGGGUGAGAGUGGCCGAUGUAAAUAAGGACGUGGAAACAUAUUGCAUUCAAAGACUGAACGAAAAUUGUGAAUACAUGUUCCGCGUAAUGGCGCAGAAUCCCGUCGGUGUUUCGGAAGCUUUGGAGAGCGAACCGAUUGUUAUUAAGACUGCUUUAGACGUUCCAUCCCCACCCUUGGGUCCUUUGAGUAUAUACGGUAUUGACAACAAAUCUGUUACAAUAACAUGGAAUCCUUCUGAGAAAAACGGGGGUUCUGCUAUUUUGGAUUACUCCGUUGAAAUAAAGCAGGAUUCCAAACAAUGGACACAUGUAACUACCGUACCAGAGACAUUGGCUGAAAUAGACAAAUUAUCACCCAAUUCCACAUAUCAAUUCAGAAUAUGCGCUAGAAAUGAAAUUGGCACGAGCUUGCCAUACAUUUCCGACGAGAAGAUUACUAUUGGAAAAACAUUGUCUCCUCCCUCACGGCCUCAGAGGUUCAUAGUUAGGGAGAUAACAUCUAGAUCCGUGACACUGCAAUGGGCCGCACCGGAUAGUGACGGUGGAAGCCCUGUCACAAACUACAUCAUCGAGUACAAGACUGUGAAAGGAAAAUCGUGGUCGAAGGUGAUAACAGUUGGUGGGUCAGUGUUCGAGCACUGCAUAGAGAAUCUAAAGGACAAGGAGCAGAUCGUGUUCAGGAUAUCAGCUGAAAACGCGAUUGGCGUGAGCCUGCCAGCACAGUCGCAGCAUGUGCGCUUGGACAAACAUGCGACUGUACCGUCACCCCCCACCGCCCCGCUCGAAAUGCGUAUGGUCGGUAACAAUAUGGUGAUGACCUGCUGGGGAACACCCGAAUGGGAUGGAGGUGCUCCCCUCCUCGGUUACAAUAUAGCCAUACGUGACGUCACCAAGACCAUGUGGAUAGAAGUGGGCAAAGUGGACGCGAACAAUCUCAAGUUCAAUAUACGGGACCUAAACGAGAACCACACGUACAUGGUGCGGAUAUACGCGAGGAACGAGAUCGGACUCAGCGAGCCGCUCGAGUCCGACGAGCCGUUCAAAGUCCUGCCCAGCGAAGAUUCGCACAUGGACGAGGAGCCAGGGGAAAUGACGGAGGCCACGGAGCCGACGUCGUUCAGCCAGACCACGACCUCGUGGCUCCGGGAGCACAACAUGGACGCCGAGAUUCGCUCGUACGCGAGGGGCUCGCUCCUCCGCCGAGACGAAUACUUCUUCCGCAUAUGGUACUAUGCCAAACAGCUCUUCAAGUAACCGCCCCCCGCGUCCACGCAACUACCUGUGAUAUUUCGACACAACCCAUUCUAGUUCGCGAUAGUCGUAGUAUAGCGCUAAAGCGUACAUCCUUCAACGUCGUUGUUGAAGUAUUUAUUCUAGAUUAAGAUACUUAUUUUAUUUAUUUAUUUAUUGUUUAUUUAUUGUAAAUGAAACCUGACCGCCGUGUUUGUGUGUCGGUGGGAGACGUUAAUAUAGGUGCAAAAUUUUCAUUUCGAUAUACGAGACACAAACACAACUGGUCAGGUUUUAUAUUAUAUUACUCAAAUGUUCGAUAAUAAAUUGCUGUUAAUAAUAUUA